AUGAUCGUACCACGUCAAUCCCGUGCCCCGACCGGUACACACCCCUUGCCCGGGUCCCCCCUUCAUAGUCACACCCCCUGCCCCCUCAUGCCAUCCGCUCCCCCCGCCCCCACCCUCCGCGUGCCCGCUCCCUUGCCGCCUCUUUUGACCCUCCCUGCCCCCCUCGCCGUUUCCCACCACCCGCCAUUCGCUCCUCCCCGCCCGUGCGCUCCCCUCGUUUACCUUCUCCUCCCCCCUCCCCUCCUCUGCUGCACGCCUCUUCCUUCCCCUCGCCGACCCACUCCACUCCCUGCCCCUCCUCAAUCCGCACCCUGCCCCUCGUAUCUCGCCCCCCUAUGCUUGGUUUCUCCCCUCCCUGCCCCUCGCCGCCUUUCUCCGCUCCCCACCUCCCCUCUCUCCCUGCCCCUCCACUCUCCCCCCCUUGCCCUUGGCUUCCUACCUCCCUGCCCCACCUUUUCCCCCUCCGUGUGCUCAGCUUCUCCCCUCCCUGCCCCUCCCUCCUCCCUGCCCUGCCCCUCAUUUUCCGCCCCCCCACGCCCGGUUUCUCCCCUCCCCGCGCCUCCCUUUCUUUCUCCGUGCCUCUCCUUUGCUCCCUCCCUGCCCCCGCCUGCCUAUGCCCCUGUCUUUGGCUUCUCCCCUCCCUGCCCCACGUUUCUUCCCUCCCUGCCCCCCCUCUUCCCCUCCCUUGUUUUCCCCUCACCCAUUGCUUCUCCCCUCCCUGCCCUUGAUUUCCCGCACCCCUGCCCUUGUUUCCUACCAUCCAUGCCCCUCGUUUCCCCCCUUUGUACGUUCAGCCUCUUCCCUCCCUGCCCCUCCCCUCCUCCCCCCCUGCCCUUUGCAUUCCCCUCGUUACGCUCCCUUCUCCCCAUCCCUGCUGCCCUCUUGCCACCAUCAGCCCAUCCGCACCACCAGCCCCCCUCCCACCCUUCUCUCCCCCCCUCCCUUUCCCUCUCUCUCUCUCUCUCUCUCUCUUUCUCACACACACACGCACACUCCCCUCCCCCACCCCCCACCCACGUCCUCCCAUUCCGCCCCUCCCUGCCCCUUUCCCACCCCCUCGCACGCCCCUCAACUCCCACCUCCGUGCAACUGGUUUCCCCCCUAUGGUGCCUCCCUUGCAUCGCUCGCCCCUCUGCUCACCCUCUGCCCGCCCCUUUUCCGUGCCCUCAGCUGGCCCAGCCCCUGCCCGUUGCUGCCCCUCCCCUUGCCCCCUCAACUCCCCUGCCCCCCGUACACCCCAGUCCCAUCCAACCGCCCCCACCCUCCCCCGGCUGCCCGUUUCCGCUCUCCACCCCCGCGACCGUUCACACCCCCUGCCCCCUCAUGCCAUCCGCUCCCCCCGCCCCCACCCUCCGCGUGCCCGCACCCUUGCCGCCUUUUUUUACCCUCCCUGCCCCCCUCGCCGUUUCCCACCGCCCGCCAUUCGCUCCUCCCCGCCCGUGCGCUCCCCUCGUUUACCUUCUCCUCCCCCCUCCCCUCCUCUGCUGCACGCCUCUUCCUUCCCCUCGCCGACCCACUCCACUCCCUGCCCCUCCUCAAUCCGCACCCUGCCCCUCGUAUCUCGCCCCCCUAUGCUUGGUUUCUCCCCUCCCUGCCCCUCGCCGCCUUUCUCCGCUCCCCACCUCCCCCCUCUCCCUGCCCCCCCACUCUCCCCCCCUUGCCCUUGGCUUCCUACCUCCCUGCCCCACCUUUCCCCCCUCCGUGUGCUCAGCUUCUCCCCUCCCUGCCCCUCCCUCCUCCCCGCCCUGCCCCUCAUUUUCCGCCCCCCCACGCCCGGUUUCUCCCCUCCCCGCGCCUCCCUUUCUUUCUCCGUGCCUCUCCUUUGCUCCCUCCCUGCCCCCGCCUGCCCAUGCCCCUGUCUUUGGCUUCUCCCCUCCCUGCCCCACGUUUCUUCCCUCCCUGCCCCCCCUCUGCCCCUCCCUUGUUUUCCCCUCACCCAUUGCUUCUCCCCUCCCUGCCCUUGAUUUCCCGCACCCCUGCCCUUGUUUCCUACCAUCCAUGCCCCUCGUUUCCCCCCUUUGUACGUUCAGCCUCUUCCCUCCCUGCCCCUCCCCUCCUCCCCCCCUGCCCUUUGCGUUCCCCUCGUUAUGCUCCCUUCUCCCCAUCCCUGCUGCCCUCUUGCCACCAUCAGCCCAUCCGCACCACCAGCCCCCCUCCCACCCUUCUCUCCCCCCCUCCCUUUCCCUCUCUCUCUCUCUCUCUCUUUCUCACACACACACGCACACUCCCCUCCCCCACCCCCCACCCACGUCCUCCCAUUCCGCCCCUCCCUGCCCCUUUCCCACCCCCUCGCACGCCCCUCACCUCCCACCUCCGUGCAACUGGUUUCCCCCCUAUGGUGCCUCCCUUGCAUCGCUCGCCCCUCUGCUCACCCUCUGCCCGCCCCUUUUCCGUGCCCUCAGCUGGCCCAGCCCCUGCCCGUUGCUGCCCCUCCCCUUGCCCCCUCAACUCCCCUGCCCCCCGUACACCCCAGUCCCAUCCAACCGCCCCCACCCUCCCCCGGCUGCCCGUUUCCGCUCUCCACCCCCGCGACCGUGUGCGGCUUCCAACCGCCCAACGGUGGUGCGCACGGGGCGUUUCUUCGCACGGGCAAGCCUCCCCGGGGGGCCCCCACCCCGCUGA